GUGGGGGGCUUUAUUUUGUAAGCGACAGCCACUGGAUCGGAACUUCUUCAUCAGGUGCAGAAUCAAGGUGUACUAAUGCUCAUGCUACAUUUGUGACAAUGUCUGACAUCACUGGAUCAUGUGCUCAGUCCUACAUCGCUCACAUCACCACCCAGCUGAAUAGAUCCAUUUCCAUUUGGGUAUCGGACGGAAGCGGAGGUGUUACCUGCUAUCCUACGGUGACACCAUGCCCAGCCGGUGAUGUUGUCAUGUGUAGAAACACCAGAGGUGAUGCAGUGUCACCACCAAGUAUGCACUGUGGUACCGCCCUAUCUCCAGUAGCAAACGGAAAUGUCAUCUAUCCAAGUGGAGAUGUAUUUCCUUCGCAAGCCUUCCUCGUUUGUGAUCUGGGAUAUACAAAGAGUUCUACCAAUUGGUACGCAGAUUGUGGAACGGGUGGCUCAUGGGCAACCACGAGUGGUCCUCAGACUUGCAAUGUUAACAACUGCCCUACACCUGCAAUUACGAAUGGAAUGGUUACUGGUAGUGCACCAGUAUUCAAUGUAGCCUGUAAUGCUAACUUCGGCAUAGUGGGGAAUCCUACCGUGACAUGUACAAGUGGAAACACGACCACGACAGUCCCCACCUGUGAACCGAUUUGCCCGAUCCUCAACAUUUCCAAUGCCAGUUACAGCACAGCGAACCAACUCGUUGGUACAAAUGUCAAUGUCACUUGCAAUAGCGGAUUUGAAAUGUUUGGUCCUCAAACCGUCACCUGCCAGGCAUCUCAGUUAUGGACAACCAUUCCAGAAUGUGAAGCUAUUGUCUGCAAGACCUUGCCUACAAUCAACAACGGCGGUGCAACAGCCAGCAGCAUGACAAAGUAUGGUGUACUACACAUCCACUGCAACACCGGCUAUACAUUGUCUGGAAUGGCAACUUCCAAAUGCCUGUCUAAUGGCUCCUGGGAAAGUCCCAUAGCCAGCUGUACCGAGAUGACAUGCACUUCUCCUCCAUCAACACCGGCAAAUGGAGCUGUAACCACCGGUACCAAUACACUUUCAUCAGUACUUCAGUACAGUUGCAAUGAAGGUUAUCAAUUGAGUGGAACGAGUUACACAGUAUGUCAAGCCGAUGGGUCUUGGUCAACUGCCAAUCCAAUGUGCACACAGAUUACAUGUCCUAUGGCUACGCCACCUCCAGCAAGCGGCACUGUGUCCAGUUCUGCAAACACCUAUUUAUCAUCUCGUCAGUACUCCUGCAUGACCGGAUAUACGCUGACUGGUAGUACAGAUACGGUUUGUUUGUCCAAUGGAAAAUGGUCCGGCACUCAGCCCAUAUGUUCAAGAAUUAUGUGUUCGGCACCAAUCCCACAAGUAACAGAUGGUGGUGUAGAAAUGGGAGGGACCACAUAUUUGACAGUGCGAGGAUUUUUUUGUAACCCAGACUACGCCCUCAGUGGAAGUAGGUACACUGUCUGUCAGGCUGACGGAACAUGGUCAACAGCAACUCCAAAUUGCACCGAAAACACAUGCCGGACUCUAAUGACCCCUAUGAAUGGAUAUGUCUACAUGGAUGACAGAACAUUUGGUUCAAAGGCAAGUUUCAGCUGCAUUGCUGGAUAUCGGUUAACGGGUGUGUCAAGUGUUACGUGUCUCACCAGUCAGACCUGGUCUGCACCCAGUCCAACGUGUACAAAUAUCACUUGCCCUUCUCCACCAACAGCACUGACAAAUGGUGCUGUGUCCAGCGGUACUAAUACAUUUUCAUCAGUGCGUCAGUACAGUUGUAUGGAAGGUUAUCAAUUGAGUGGUACGAGUUACACAAUAUGUCAAGCCGACGGGUCAUGGUCAACUGCCAAUCCAAUGUGCACACAGAUUACAUGUCCUAUGACUACACCACCUCCAGCAAGCGGCACUGUUUCCAGUUCUGCAAACACCUAUUUAUCAUCUCGUCAGUACUCCUGCAUGACCGGAUAUACGCUGACUGGUAGUACAGAUACGGUUUGUUUGUCCAAUGGAAAAUGGUCCGGCACUCAGCCCACGUGUUCAAAAAACACAUGCCCGACACUAUUGGCCCCUAUCAAUGGAUAUGUCUACAUGGACGGCACGGCUUUUGGUUCAAAGACAAGUUUUGGCUGCAAUGUUGGAUAUGAGUUGACGGGUGUGUCAAGUGUUAGGUGUCUCACCAAUCAGACCUGGUCUGCAAUCAGUCCAACGUGUACAAAAAUCACCUGCCCAGUGCUGGCUACACCACCCAAUGCACUAGUAUCUCCAGGCACAGUGGAUUUCCAGGCCCAACGUACAUUCUCCUGCAGUGAUGGAUAUACCCUCUCGGGGGAUUCACAACUGGUCUGUCUGUUGAAUGGAUCUUGGUCUGCCCCACUUCCAAACUGUUCCAAGUCUGCCGAAUGCGCUCCGCUCAACGUUGGCAAUGCCACUGUAUCCAGUGGCCCAUAUAGAGUGAACAGUAUCGUCAACAUCACAUGCAACGCAGGCUUUGAGCUCUCAGGAAACGCAAUGGUCAUAUGUCUGGACAGCCAGAAAUGGUCUUCCAUACCGAUUUGCAACCGAGUACCACAACUACCAGAAUGCCCUGUGCUGGUUGUUUCCAAUGCAACCGUGUCAAGCGGCUCAAAUAAAGUUAACAGUAUCCGCAGUGUCUCAUGUAAUGCCGGCUUUGAGCUCUCGGGCAACUCAAUGGUCAUAUGUUUGGCGAGCAAGAGUUGGUUCACCUUGCCUGUUUGCAAUCGAGUACCAGAAUGCCCUCUGCUAAUUGUUAAUAAUGCAGUUGUGUCAGGAGUCUCAACUAGAGUUAACAGUAUUCGCAACAUCACAUGCAAUGUCGGGUUUGAGCUUUCAGGUCACUCAUUGGUGACAUGUCUACCCAGUGGGGAUUGGACUACCUUCCCAGUCUGCAAUCGAGUGCCUCAAUGUCCACUGUUAACUGUUAGCAACGGAAUCGUGUCAGGGGGCUCCAAUACAGUGAACAGCAUUCGCAGCAUCACAUGUAAUGCCAACUUUGACCUCUCGGGAAACUCAAUGGUCAUAUGUCUAGCCACCGCGGCUUGGUCUUCAACUCCUGUGUGCAAUCCUCGACCAUGCCCUGGCCCACCGAACACCAACAAUGGAGUGGUCAUGUCUGACCCUUCAGCAUCCUAUGCAUACGGUGACAGUGUAUAUGUACAGUGCAACACUGGACAUAGUGGUAGUGAUAACAUCACAUGCACUGCUGAUGGAACCUGGAGCACGUUGACAUGUUCUGCAAGCGAUUGUGGAGCGAUCCAGAAACCUGUAAAUGGAAUGUUCUUUACGAACGGAACUACUUAUGGCUCUAUGGCUUCAUUCACAUGCAACAUUGGUUACAACCUUGCUGGCUCUUCGUCAAUAACUUGUCCUGAGAGUGGAGUAUGGUCGGCUACCUUCCCCAGCUGUGACCGAGUCGUGUGCAACACACUGGUGAAGCCCACGCUUGGCACCGUAAGAAUAGCAGCUAAUGAUUAUCUAUCCACUGCAACUUAUAGUUGCAAUGAUGGCUAUGUGUUGUCUGGUGAUGCUGUGACUACGUGUCUUCUGACUGGACUUUGGUCUACAUCACCACCCACCUGCCAACGUAUACCAACAUGUGCAGUCCUGACAAUCGCCAAUGGGGCAUUCAGUGAACAGCAGACGCAGAGACUGAGCGCGGUUGCGAAUGUGACAUGCAACGAAGGAUACAAGAUCAACGGCAGUAGAUCUGUUGUGUGCUUGGAAAGCGGAAAAUGGUCUGACACUCCACACUGCAUGGACAGCACAAUGGCGUGCCCUGAAUUACUUGCCCCCGCCAACGGGCUGAUAGACAAUGGUAGUCUGGACCUAGGAACAGGGAGAAAGUACUCCUGUUCUGCUGGCUACACAACAAUGGAUCCAACAACAACGUUUUGCUUGAAAGGUGGACAUUGGUCUGAACCAGCUCCAGCCUGUGCUCUCCCCUGUACAUCGGAACAGACAACACCAUCUUCAACAUCGUCCAAUAUUGUUGCAGGAGUCAUUGGUUUUCUCGCUGGAUUGAUUAUACCUGCUGCUUUGAUAAUAAUUUAUUUGGCGCGAUAUCGAGGCAAGGCAAAGACUAUCACCAUUACAGAGAGCGAGAACGCCAAGCCAUCGGCCAUUUUUGUGAGUCAAUUGACAGAGAACGAUGCGUACGAAAUGACUUCAACUGGGGUCGAAACAACCCCCGAACCGGAGUAUGCAACAAUGAGCACGGCAUAACUUUCAUUCCUUUCUAUGUUUCUUUCUUUGCACAACGCACCACAGAGGAAUGAUAGGCGCAGUUUGCAUAUUGCUGCAUGUUGUUUGCUGUUCGUCCUUGCUUACCAUUAUGGCUUCUUUUCGUUCAGUAGUAAUACAAAAAAUCCGCGCAGCCGGCAGAUAAAGUAUCAACGAUAUUGUUAAAGUAAAACUUGCAAAAAAAACAUGCCCCUUCACCAAUUUAGAACUCCUGUAAUGCUUUGUUCUUUUUAUCCACAGCUGCCUAAAAGGCCUUUUUUUAGCCCUGCAAUGCCAGGUGCUCAAACUCUGUAUUGCCAGCCAUCAUGCUGACAGUCAAACUCAAGUUCUGACUUCCUUGAUGAUGGCACUGUCUGCUGUAGAAACAAGAGCACUAUGCCUUUCCUUUGCCCUUAAAGCUGCUAUACAUUAUACUAUGCUUGCGCCACCAGAAACAGCAUCUGUAAAUCAAGUUCUUCAGGUAGA